AUGCAUGUGGCCAUGGCGACCGCAGAUGUGAUACUGCUCCUGAGUCUGGCGUGGACAUCUGACUCUCUCUGUUCACCCACAAUGUUUUACAGAAAUUGCUGGAUCCGUCGCUUUCCGGGUCUUAUGGUGGACCUGGAUGAGUCUCAGAAGCUGGGAGCACAGUUUCUGAAGUAUUAUUCUGAAAGCACUGGUCAGAAGUGCAGCAGAAGCUGUUGUCUCAGGAAGGAUGUUUCCUGUAACCUGGCUGUCUUCUACCAUGAUCCCAUUCACGACAAUACCAACUGCCUGCACGUUCACUGCCCCACACUGGAGAGCUGCAUAUUACAGCCUGGAACCAGUGCCAUUUUGUACAACGUAACAGAAGGUGUAGAUCCAGAUUUGCUGGUCUUUGAACAAUUACCUUCCAAAUAUUUAAAUGUUCGCUCUUCAGCCAAUAUGUGGGACAGGCUAAGGAAUCUAAAAGCUAUGAACUUUGGUAAACAACAGACUACAAUGGUAAACCAAAUUUCACCAAUCACACCUCAAGAUUUGGUUGUAAAUACAAAUAAUACCAGCGAUUCCAAGGAGUUAACCACAGAUUCUUGGGCAAGAUUCAUUUCCAUAAGUGACUCCAUUACCACCAAGGUAAAUACGGUGUCACCAAAUACUGAUUUCAUCAACCCAGAUAACAAGACCAUUUCUCCUUUCCUUGUGCCCACAGACAAAAAACUUUCCCACAUGCCUAUUCCAUCCCGACUCAAUAGUAGCAAACAGUUACUGAACAAAACCAAGGGAUACAACAGCAGAAACCACACCUCUGAGACUGAAGAUGACACACCACAUAUGGCAUCUGUGAUUUCAAAGACGUGGCUGGUUCCUGUGGCACUUUGUAUCUCUGUCAUCUUUCUUUGCUGUUGUAUUGUCACCUUGGUAUCUGGAUGCUAUCGAAAACAACGGGGCCAGUAUAAACCAGGACUGAGAAAGUCAGGGUCCAGGGAAAUACAUACAUGCAACCCUCUGACAGAGAACUCGUAA